UUCCAAGAAACCAAUUUUGUUGAUCCCCUGCUUUUGGUGAAUAUCUCCACCAUUGAUGACCGUAUAGAAUCCUUGAGAAAGCUUAAAACUUGAUCCAUUCCCACUCAAGACUCAACCUUGCGAGAAAGUCAGUCACACCCACUAAGCAAAAUUUGGCAACAGGCUUGUUCCACCAUCAACUUUCAACGUCAACCUGCGCGUGGUACGGCGGAACCUCCUUGCGCGCGCAUUUGGGUCAUCAUUGAUCUCUUUUUAGUUUUUCCGUCUUUCUCUGAGUCGGUGAGCGGUGAGGUUUAUAGAGCUGAAUUGAUUGAUUAAUGGCGGAAUUGGUAGGGCCUAGAUUGUACAGCUGUUGUAAUUGCAGAAACCCUGUUUCCCUUCAUGACGAUAUAAUUUCUAAGGCUUUUCAGGGAAGAAAUGGCCGAGCUUUUCUGUUCUCGCAUGCUAUGAACAUUGUUGUAGGGCCAAAAGAAGACAGACAUCUCUUGACUGGUCUGCAUACGGUUGCCGACAUCUAUUGUUCUGAUUGUCGUGAAGUGUUGGGUUGGAAGUAUGAACGUGCUUAUGAGGCAUCACAGAAAUACAAGGAAGGCAAAUUCAUACUUGAGAAGUCCAAAAUUGUGAAAGAGAAUUGGUAGCAGAAGAUUUCUCGAUCCGUCUUCAUUUUCCAACAACUUUAAGCAAGUGUAAUUUGGUUUUGCAAUCUUUUUCACUUUUGUACAGGAACUACUACUCACCUAUUUGAAAAUCUUUCAUUUGUUUGUUGGUUGUUCAUUCUGGUUGGGAACUAUGUUUGGAAGCUGUAAAUUGGAUUAUCAAAUUCAUGUGUUAAUAACAUUUUGGAGUUUCUCAAAACA